AUGGCGACGAGCGCGGCGACGGGGGUGAUGAACCCCCUCAUCGGCAAGCUCACCGCGCUGAUGGGAGAGGAGUACAAGAAGCUCAAAGGGGUGAGGAAGGGGGUGGCUUUUCUCAGGGACGAGCUCAGCGCCAUGAACGCCGCCCUUGAGAAGCUGGAGCUCAUGGAGAAGCUCGAGCCAGGUACCAAGGACUGGAGGGACCAUGUCAGGGAGAUGUCCUACGACAUGGAGAAUUGCAUCGAUGACUUCAUGCAGGACAUCGGAGGUGCCGACGCCAACGCCGGUGCAGGCUUCAUGAAGAGGAUGUCUCGGCGCCUCAAGACGCUGCGGGUGCGUCACCGGAUUGCCGGCCGGAUCGAGGACCUCAAGGCUCUUGCGGUAGAGGCAAAUGAACGCCGAUUAAGGUACAAGAUUGAUGAUUGCAAUACAAGUUGUGGCUCCGUGGAUAUUGAUCCUCGGAUUUGA